AGAGAUUACACACGGAAACGUUCUUCAUGCUCUGUCGGAUAAGAAAUAAUGUGGUUCAUUUUCCUGCGAUCUGAGCACAAAUUAGAAGUGCCAUGGAUGACAUGAUUAGAGUGUUCUGGAAGAACAGAUGUAUAAUAAAUGAAGAUGUCAAGUAUAUACUUCUGUGUGUGUCCUAUGGAGUUGUAUUCUGCAUUGGGUUCGUCCUUAAUGUACUGACCCUCUACAUCUUUUUGUUCAGGAUAAGACCAUGGAAGACAGUCAAUGUUUUUAUGUUCAACCUUGCACUAUCAGACCUGCUUUAUGUCUUGUCACUUCCCUUACUGGUGCACUAUUAUUCCAAAGAAAAUGACUGGAUAUUUGGUAUGGUUGUAUGCAAAUUAAUUCGAUUUCUCUUCUACACCAGCCUCUACUGCAGUAUUUUAUUCCUUCUCUGCAUCAGUGUUUACCGUUUUUUAGCCGUAUGCUACCCUGUUCAAUAUCUUCGCUGGGGCCACGUUCGUUUUGCUAAGAUUGCCUCUCUCAUUAUUUGGGUCAUCAUAAUUGGAAUGCAGUCUCCAAUGCUGUAUUUUGUAAACACCACCCAGUUGGAAGGUAACACCAUCUGCCCUGAUACCUCUAAUACAGAUAAGGUUCCUCAGUUUCUGGUAUUCCAAACAGUGAAUCUAGUCUUGCUCUUCUGUGUUCCCUUCACAGCAAUCCUCAUUUGUUACUGCAACAUUGUUCAUGUCCUUAUCAAACCAAACACAAAUAGCUCACAACCAUGUCAACGAAAGAAGAGUACAGUCAAAAUGAUCAUUGUUGUGCUCAUUGUAUUUAUUAUAUGCUUCUUACCUUUCCAUGUGACACGUACCUUGUUCUAUUACUAUCGAAUAACAGAUCUUGAUUGUUCUACCUUGAAUGCUAUCAACAUGGCCUACACAGUGACAAGACCUUUAGCUAGUUUUAACAGUUGUAUUGACCCUAUUUUGUACUUUUUUGUCUGGAAAUUAAGACAAAGUGCUGAAUAACAAAGUGACU